AUGACUGUCCAUUUAGUGUACGGCCUCCUGUUUGUUUUCUCGGCCUUGCCAGGACUCAUUCUUGGGGAUUUGGUGUUCAGAUGCCCAGUCUGCACUGCAGAAAACUUGGAUGCAUGUCCUCAGGUCCCUUGGUGUCCAGAGAUUGUGAGGGAGCCUGGCUGUGGCUGCUGCCCUGUGUGUGCCCGGCAGGAGGGGGAACUUUGUGGGGUCUACACACCAAGGUGCUCCACCGGCCUGAGGUGCUACCCCAGCAUGGACGCUGAGUUACCCCUGCAGCAGCUCAUCCAUGGUUUAGGCCAAUGUAGGCGAAGGGGUGAACAGGACGUAAUGGGGGUGGACCAGCCGGCAACAAAUGAGGUACAAGGGACUGAGAUUCCACACAUUAAGAGACCUUCCCCUGAUCUCUGGAGCUGGCAGGAAGUAGCAAAGAGGCAGCACCUGAAUGAACUGAAAGCCAGGAUGAGAAUAAAUCCGCAUGAUGAUCGAGUCCAGAGAGAACCACAGAGUGCCUGUCAGCAGGAGCUGGACAUGGUCUUAGAGGAGAUCUCUAAAAUGACCUCUGAGGACAACAGAGGCCCCCUGGAGAACCUGUACGGGCUCAAAUUUCCAAACUGUGACAAACAUGGACUGUACAACCCCAAACAGUGCAACAUGUCCAACCAUGGCCAGCGGGGAGAAUGUUGGUGCGUUAAUCCACUAACGGGUGUCCAGAUCCCAGAGACACCCAAAGUCCGAGGGGAUCCCAACUGUAACCAAUUCCAGGAGGAGCUGGGUGUGAUGCCCACUUCAACAACGUCUCGCUAGCAUGCAUGCAUCGAAAAGAGCAGAGUUGGUGUAAACGGUUCAAUUCAACCUUUGAAAAUAUCGUUUUCAUAAUAAGUGUGUUCCAUCUAAAUAUGAUGAGAUUAUAAAAUGCUUUUUUUUUUUUCAUUGGCACGAAAAUUAGCAAGAGCGAACCUGGUUUGCAGAAUCAAAGAAAAUUUACUGUAAAUAUCGCAGUUAUUCUAUUAAUAUUCUGAGCAAAGCAUUUUGAGUUGAUUGGUCCUGGACUAAAUAUAACUUCCAAUCCCUGUUAUUUGUCUUGUCAAGGAUUUUGCUAUCAAUAUCCAUAAGUUAGGCAAGCAAUCAGUGCUGUGUUCUGCAUGGCUGCAUGGCAUGUGCACAUCAUGGGAAUAAGUUUAGUAUUUUGCUUAUCCAACAAACCUCUUUGCAUAUAUGUUUUCAAAAUUCAACCUUAUUUUUAGAGCAGAUUUAAACACCUUUAGAGGCUACCCUGUAGUUCAGCUGGACAGCGGCUACAUAACCAAUAAGAUUAAGGUAUAACAAAAGAAAUUGAAAAUACAAAAAAGUCAAAAGUGAAUAAAAUAACAAUAAAGUAAGGCUAAUAAAAAAUAGUCCUACUAUACUUCAAUGCCUAUUUUUGCUCCCUAGGGAAAGCGAGACAGUAUUGGCAGCAGCAGUUGUCUGUGUCAUUGUGACGUGGGCUGUAUUCAGAGUUUUUGGAGAGUGUGGCACAUUAGACACCAAAUUGUCUGGUGUUUAAAGCUACAAGUUUCAUUGGAGCACAAUGAAGUUGCCAGCAUCAACUCUUCUACAAACUGCUAAGUACUGAAACAUCAGCAGGAGCAGGAUGUAAUUCUA